ACCUUAUAGGAGCAGCAGCUGAUCAGAACAGAGCAAUAUGGUGAGCAGUAUUAUACGUGUAACAUCUUUUGGCUUGUUGCUUUGCAGUUUGUCAUCAUGACUGAAAACAAUAGACUAACCACGAUGAAAAGGACCUCUGCUGCUUAUUUGACUUUUUUGUCAGUUUUUUGCUUUUUCACACUGGGAUCUUCAGACUUUCACCUUAUUACUCUCACUGAGAACUACACACAAGCCAAGAGUUAUUGCAGAGAUAUGUACACUGAUUUAGCAACAAUUUACAACUUAGAAGAUAUAAAUAAUCUGGUUUCUUUAGCUUCAAAUAUAACUGAAAACACUUGGAUAGGACUGGAGAUCGGAGCUGUGUGGAUGUGGCAUUGGUCUUUGCCUGGUCAAGUAACAGAUUUUUUUAAGUGGAAAUCAGGAGAAGUAAUAACAAAUAAGCAAGAAGAAUGUGCAGCAAUGGAUCAAUUUGGUGGGUGGUUUGUCAGUGCCUGUGGAGUUCUAAGAAAGUUUGUUUGUCAAGGAACACAUACUGGUGAUUUCAUUUUUGUUAAUGAGUCCAAAUCAUGGUGGGAUGCUCGGAGUCAUUGCAGGGGCUUGCCAUCUGAUCUAGUUAGCAUACACUCUGAAGCAGAGAAUAUGGCAGUGCUCAACGUGUCUGCAUCACAGACUGUCUGGAUUGGGCUGUUCAAAGACCCCUGGAAAUGGUCGGAUGGAAGUAACUCAUCUUUUCGUUUCUGGAGAGCUUCUCAGCCCAGCUAUCUUCCAAAUCAGGAUUGUGUUGCUGCAGUAUUUCAAGAUAAUGGGAAGUGGAAUGAGCAAAGCUGCAGUAACCAACUCAAUUUUGUUUGCCGUGGGGCUGCUGCUACCAAACAGUCAAGCACCAUUACCACAACAGAAGGAACAGCUGCAGGUGGAGUGAGAACACCAAAUACCACAGAGUUUAUGUCACCUACAUCAAGUACUCAUCUCCAAAGUACAACUACAGAAAUGUCAUCUUUGACACAGCCACCUCCUGCAACUACUGUGAAUUUAACUACAGGUGGUGACUCUAUAUUAACAACCCCGGGAGGAAUUUCACUGGCUCUGACCCCUGACCUUUCACCCUCACUCCUGACCUUUGGCAACAUUCCCACGCCACACCCUUUUGUGCACAUCUCUCCAGCCUAA